ACACUCUCUUUUCUCUUUGCUUUUCUUCUUUCUCCCUUUUCCUCUAUCACUUUUCCUCCCGGUCUUUGUUGCAUUCACUGCCAUUACUUUUCUCUCUCAUUCUACACGCUCAUUUUGCCUUGACUUUUUUAUUUUUUAUUUUUUUUGUACAACUCUGGGCUAUUGUUUAUCAUUGCCCACUCUCAUCCACCCAAAACCAUGCCUGUCUUCGUUGCCACUGCAGGCGGUGCAACUGCCACAACCAUAGCUACAUUGGGUCGUUUCCAUAGCUCUGCCAAAGGAGAUCAGCCCUUCGUUUCAACGGGUCGCCAACGCUCAUCCAGUGUUAAUAGUAGACUCUCCUCUUCGUCUGCAACCUCAAUUCCUGAUACUGCUCCUAUGCACUCGCUCUCUUCAAAGAUCAUUGCCAUGAGCAUUGAUACUUUGAACAAAGGCGUAUACCAACAAGAACAGACUAUCUUUCAACGUGAUUUGUCAGCUUCAAAAUCAGAGAGCAUCAACAGGGCUCAGCAACAAUGUUUAGAAGAUGGUUUCGAUCGGAUACUUCAUCUUCCAAUAGCAAUAGACCAUAAUGGCAAUAAUAGUAGUAAUAACAACGAUCUCAGCCAUGGUAGUGCCUCACAGCGAUGGCUGCCACUGUCAUCGCCCACUGACCAGAACUGUGAUCUUCCAGCGGAAAAUGCGCCAGCAAAUGUACCUAUGAUCUGUACUGGACGAAGCAGGAGCAACACUCUGACAACUACAAGCACAGGCGCAGUGGACGUGACAGCAGCAUCCAUCUCAAAUCAAUAUGACCACAUUAUGAGACCUCGCAGGUUAUCGCAAGUAAAUCGCCCCUUGGGGCAGAUCGCUCAGUCCUCACCUGCCAUUCCUACUCUGAUCUUACCUCAAGUGUCCUCAGAUGGAUCAGUGACAGCGCCUUCGCAUGUACAUUCACACUAUCCACCAGAUUCAAUUUUACCACAGUACAAUGAUAUUGAGGCAGCGGCUGCUAGUAGCAAUACCAGAACACUAUCUAACACUCAUUGGAGUAAUAUCCAACUUGGCUUUUUACCUCGGAUUGUGCUAUUGAUCGGCAUCUUCUGUAUGUCCUUGGGUGGGCUCUAUCUUUUGGCUCAAGUCUUACCUCCAAUGUCAUUACCGAAAUCCAUUGACGAUGUUAAAGUGGAUGCAGCUAUCCUUCAGGAGUUCGCAACGGCCACUUACGAGGGUUGGUUAAGAACAUUUUGGGUCUUUAGUGCGGUCUAUAUUUGGAAACAAUGUUUUGGGAUCCCAGGGAGCGCUUUUCUGAAUAUUCUGGCAGGAGCAUUGUAUGGACCCUGGUUUGGAACAAUUUUGACGUCGCUAUUGACGACGCUUGGUUCAGUUUUAGCCUACUUUAUGUCUUUCUUCUUAAUGGAGCCUAUCUUGAACCGGUAUGCGUCAAGUCGCCUUGACCAGAUGCGUCUUCAGGUCCAGAAAAAGACAAAGCAUUCUUCUUCAAAAAAGAAAUCAAUGACAGGCUCAACGGCCACUUCAACAGCGGUUCAAACUUCAAUCAACAUUCCAUCGUCUUUGUCUUCCGAUCCAGAGAUUUCAAACAGCCCCCCUACCCAGUCUUCAAUUCAACAAGCAUCGCUUCGCACUCGAUCAUCCUCAUUCAUCCUCCGAAAGACGGACUUGACUACGCAGGAUUUAUCGUCGUCAACCCAUCCUUAUCCUGACCUUGCUAACAUUGCUACUCGGUAUAACAACAAUGAGAUCCAGGAACACGAAGCUUUACUUAACGAGGGAAAAGAAAACGAGGAUUCGAUGCUAUCUAUUGAUCAUCAGGAACAUGUUAUCAAAGAGCAUGAAACCAAUAGUGAAGAUGACGAGGAUGAUUCAGAAGGAACCAGUUUAUUCAUGCAGCUUCUGUUGAUUCGCCUUUUCCCUUUGACGCCCUAUUGGUUUAUCAAUUUGGCCAGUCCCCUUGUCGGCGUACCAGUUAUUCCAUUUAUGACCUCCAUGUUCCUCGGAGUCAUGCCCUACAAUUAUAUUUGUGCCCAGGCUGGAGCCAUUUUGAGUGAAAUUCAUGAGCUACGUGAUAUUUAUCAACAGCCUUGGAUUCUCUUUCAAGUAGUGUUUGUGUUGUUGCUUUGCACCGUGGGGGUUCUAGUGAGCAAGCGUUCAAAGAAGAACCAACAGGAAAAAGAGCAACGAAAGAGCCGCACAAGUGAUGAAAGGACUGACGAUGAGACAACACAUCGUCUUCUUCGACCGGAUUUUGAUGAUGCAGAGCAGCACCGCCACGAACGCAGACGAGACGAAGAGCACAUGCAGGACAGCAUUUCCAUGUCCACUCUGGGACAUGGGCGUCUGCAUGAUCUAGAAUCAAAGAGAAACGAGUCUGCUGUUAUUGACAUGGGUGCCUACCGUUACUAGCGUAGCAUUUUGUUUUUUUAUUUUUAUUUUCGUUUUUAAUUUUUAAUUAUUGUAUUGUAGCAAUAUUCACAGCCCUUGCCUAAUGGUGGUAAUAUACCCUUUUCAAUUCUGUCUUUGAG